AUGAUCCAGCUGCCUCGAGGUGUUCGUCGAAUACAUAUCGCCCUUGUCUCCUGGCUGCUUAUUGCAGUUUGGAUUUGGCUCGCAUUUGAUCAGCUAUACUAUUUUCUUGAUCGCACUCCUUGGAACAUAUUCUCAAGCGAACCUCACUCUUUCCUACGAAAUCCGACUACUAGCGAUGCCUUCGACUUUGCGCCGAUCGAAUCCGAGGCAAUCAAGAGCAUCUGCGCGGAUACAGAAUGGAAGGAAAACAUCGUGUUCACCUGCAACGACAGUGUGGGAGGCAUUGGCAACAUCCGCAACUCGAUCUUGAAUUGCGUUCGCUACUCCAUUUUGGCAGGAGGUUCCCUCGUGGAGCCCAAGAUCGUGCUCCGCAACGAGUCAGACACUGCAGCAAUACGCACAGGGAUAGGGGCUGAGUUCGAAUAUAUGUUUGAUCGGCAGCACUUUCGCGAGUCCCUCAUGCUCUCCUGCCCCGGGCUUCGUCUAUACGAUACAGUUGAGGAUAUCAAAGGGAAGACAUUCCACGAGCCGAUAGCACUGCACCCCGAGUCGCUCGCACCUGAUGAAAAAUUGGAACCUGAAAAAUGGAGGGGUCUAUUCUAUAACUGGCUUGGGAACAUAUCAGUGAUAUGUUUGACAACACUGUGGUCAUCAAACUUGAGAGAUCGUACUUGUCAUAUCCUAUAUACACCGACGGCGAUGGCUUUGCGACGAGUUUUGGGAAGAUCCUCAAAUUCCGCGCUGACAUCAGCAUUCUAGCGACAAAGACUCUAUUAAAGCUUGCUGAGAGAUAUUCCUAUGAUAUCGAUCUUCUUAAACCCAUUCUUCCUAAUUUCUUCCUUGGUGUUCACCUUCGCACCGAAUAUGACUCGCAGCAGGGUUGGCCGGUUGGCGACUGGGUAUACAGCCGAUAUGAGACGCAGUCAAGACUAUAUUUGGAGCAAGCAAAUUCCUCGAGCACAUCUCAUAUCUAUGUGGCAUCUGGGGACCAAGAAGAAGUCGCGAAGUUUAAAGUUGAUGCGGCAGCAUCUAAUAUCACAGUCACGACGAAGUUUGAUUUACUGGACGAAACGGACAAAGCGACGCUAAAGAUGUUGUCUUGGGAUCAGCAGGGCAUGGUGGAUUUUCAAGUCAUGACAAAAGCAUCGGCUUUUGGAGGCAUUGGGCACUCGAGUUUUGCGUGGAAUAUCGCUUUACUUAGGCAUAAGUAUGCCGAGAGGAAGGACCACUUGAGCGGGCCCCAGCUAUUAAGUGAUGAGCUGAGCCAGAUCUAUGGGAAACCUUACCAAUACCCAGAGUACGCGAGAUGUUUAUGGCCUUAAAAUGUUGGGAAUCUAUAGAAAUCAAGGGUCUUGGACGAACUGUGCUACGGAAUUUAAACCCAGUAAGCCCAACACGAAGUUGUUAUGGAUUCAUCAGUCUUCCGAUGUGCGUGUCACUUGGAUACAGGCAGCGUAUAGAGAAUAUGGUAUAUAUAAUAUUGCAGUAUUUCAUUCAGAUCCAGCCGCCUACAGUCUGGGUUAUUUCAUGAAAUGAGGACUUGGCGAUUAGUUAUAUAGACUAGUAGAUAAUGCAAUAAUUUUCUUGCCUGAUUAGAUUGUUACUGGUUGAGGGCGCCGCUGUGCACCUGCAACCUUUGGAGCUAGAUGCAGUAGUUUCCUGAGGUAGUAAAUAUAUUACCCGUACUGAGAGAAGCUCAGUUGGUGAUUAUAAGCUGGUUUAAAUACAUGGAGCCGAUGGGGCUGAUGUGUUGGCAGGCACGCAGGCUUCCUUUCAAAACAGAGAAGCCGAAUGCUGUUGAGCAUGUAGGCUUCCAUUCAAACAGAGAAG